AUGACCAUCAUAAAAGAUUUUUUCCGAUUUCUUGGUGGGUGAACCAGAGUGGUGUAGUUUUCGAUAAAAAAAUACGUAUUCACAAUAUUCCAGAUAAAUAUUUUCUCCACAUAUAAAUCCAAUUCAAAUCAAAUAAGUGAAAUUCUUAUCUAUCAAAUAAGUUAGUCCAUAAUUGACUUAACUUAACUUUCCAAUCAGAAUCCACAAAACAACCCACUACGUGGAAAAUAAUCAAGAAGUAGGAAAAAAAAAAAACAUGACCAGUUUCACUGACAACCCAUUCGGAGAGCCAUUGGUCGAUUUGGAUGAUCCUUUCGAUAAUCCAUCGGUUCAGCCAGUUACCAGGCAAGUACCCGACACUCUCACUACAAUCGAAGACUUCAAUCCAUUCGAGGAGGAGCAAAACAAACCAAAAUUGCAAAUUAACUCAGCGAAUAAUGCAGCCGUUGUUCAGCCAUCGUCCCAGAAUCUGCCACCCUUAGCAGCACCGCCCUUCAGUAACAGAAGUGCUGCUGCCAGUACGAGUGUACAGAUAACCACAGAGGAGCUACAGCGUCGUCAGGAAGAAUUGGACAGAAAAGCAGCUGAAUUAGACAGGCGCGAACAACAGCUUAAAGGCGCUAAUGUGCCUCAGUUAAACAAUUGGCCCCCUCUACCCGACAACUUUUGCAUUAAACCAUGUUUCUAUCAGGACUUCAACCUAGAAAUCCCUUCAGAAUUUCAACGGCUGGUCAAACAUCUCUACUACGCAUGGAUGAUGUAUACUCUUACAAUGAUGGCAAAUAUCUUUGGUGGCUUACUUAUUCUCUUGCACACUGGAGAAUUUACAAAUUUCGGUUUAUCGAUCUUUUAUGCCUUUUUGUUUACUCCUGCGUCUUAUGUAUGCUGGUUCCGUCCAGCGUACAAAGCUUUUAAGAAUGACUCAAGUUUUAACUUCAUGGUCUUCUUUUUCGUGUACUUUUUCCAAACCAUGAUGACUAUUUUCCAAGCCAUUGGUAUUCCCCACACUGGCUAUUGUGGCUUUAUUGUGGCCAUCAGUAACUUUGAUUCAAGUGCCGAAGGUGUCAUUGUUGGGCUAUUGUUGCUCAUUAUUGCCUUCUGCUUUGCAACUACUGCAGCUGCUAAUGUCAUGAUGAUUACUAAGAUUCACACGAUUUACAGAAGUUCCGGUGCGAGCAUGGCCAAGGCACAGGUUGAAUUUGCGACCGAAUUUAUGCGCAACCAAAACGUACAGCAAGCCACAGCUUCAGCAAUGAACUCCGCAGUUAAUUCGCAGUUUAACAGUAACCGUUACUGAAAUUAUCAGACUUAUUAAUUAUUAUUAUUUUUAUUAUUUUGCCUUUCGAACGACUCGAUGGGCAAAAAUACAUUCUUUACGAUUAAACAAAAAAAGAAAAACUAAAAAUAAACUGAAAUUUUUAACUAUUAUUUAAAAAUACGUCCUUGACUUGCAUAAUAAAAAUAAAAAAUAUUAUACAAAAUAUGUACUAAGAAAAGA